UGAUGAAAUGCAGUAGAUGCUUUUGGAACCAUCCCAUCAAGUUAGGCUGAGGCACCUUAAAGUACGGACACCUCCCCUACUGCACACCCAUUCCCAUUAGCCUCUGCAACACAGAUGCUUUCCUUGCGUUACGCCUAGAUAGUGUCGCACCACUUCAAUUCCCCAGCUGUUCACACUUUUUUCCUCUCUUUCCUUAACUUCUGCCCCGCUGCAAUCAUCGUCUCCAUUUUCAUGUUCAUGCUCAUGUUCAUGUUCAUGUUCAACUCUCUCUGUUUGUGACUGUCAUUUCCCCAAUCUUCUAGUGAUUUUUGAACUAUGGAGACUUGGAUCGUUGUAUUUCCCCCACUCUGUUGACAUGCAGAAGACAUCGAUUUGCUGUCCGACCAUGAAGUUGAUGUGGGAUUUUAAGAAAUUGGGAAAAAAGACAGCUUUUGAAGAUUUUUGACAGAACCCCAAAACCUCAGAAACCCUAGCCGAGGAUUCUGUGGUAUCUGAAGCGGGUGGAGCAGAAAGUGAUGAAAGCCUAGAACAGGAUUUUGGGACUUCUGGGUCGUUUGGUUUGAUGGAGAAGCGUGAUGGGUUAGUGUCAGAUUCAGAGGUUUCGGGUGGGGACGAUGGUAAAAGGGUGGUCAGCAAAGUAGCAGCUGCAACUCAUGUGGAAGUUGAGAGAAGAAUGGCAGGUGUUGGAGGAGAUGGUUUGGGCAAUGGAGUUAAUUCUUCGGUUGGGAAGGGGGAUGACUGCUUUGGGGUUUGGGAGAACCAGAACGGUUGUGCUGUUGAAGCUGUGACAGCCCAUGAAGAUGGUAAGAAUUGCGUGGAUAGAGAAAUGUUGGUGCCAAAAGGCGGAUUGAUCCCCAGUGGGAACAAGGAAAUUGGAGUAGAGAAUGCUGGGAUAGAAGUGGGAAGGGAAGAGGAUGAUGCAUCUUCACUGAAACUGGUUGAUUCAGCUCAGAAACUAGAAGUCUUCGGAGAUGGCAUUUCACUGGUUGUGGAAGUUUAUGGCCCUCCAGCUGGACUUGUCCCAAAUGAUGAAGCAAAGUGUUUAGGGUUAAUGGCAGAAGAGAAUGAGGCAAAAGAAUGUGGAAAGGAAGAGAUGGAAGAGGUCCCUGGUAAUCAAGAAUGCAAGUUUUCUGUGGGAGAUAUUGUAUGGAUUAAGACCAAAACUGACUCAUGGUGGCCAGCAAAGAUUUAUGAUCCCUUAAAUGCGCCAAAAUAUUCUGUGGUCCAUCCCGACAAGGACCGAUUCCUAGUUGGAUACUUUGGGAAUGGCAAUUUUGCUUGGAGCCGCCCAUUUCAGCUGAAGCCUUUUAAUGAGGACUUCAUCCAGUUGUCAAAGCAAAGCAAUUCUAAAAAUUUUGUUGCAGCGGUAGAGAAGGCUGUGAAUGAGAUUGGUAGGCGUGUGAAAGUGGAGAUGACUUGUGCUUGUAUAUUGAAGGGAAGUCAGGCUGCUCAUGCUGGUGAGCUGGCUGGUACUGCCGAAAUUAAGGGAGCAAUUUCUGCACCAGAACGGAAACAUGGGGAACUUUUUGUUACUCAGUUUGAACCUGCAAAUUUUCUUGUGCGUCUGAAAUUCUUUGCGCAGGCUGUUUCUAUGCCUACAAUGCUUGAGUUAUCUGUCGUUCAGAGUCAUCUAUCAGCUUUUUAUUCUGCCCAAGGGCAUAGCCAAUUGCCUAUACAUCUACUCCGGGGAACAGCUGAUGCUGAGAACCGUUUCCGAGAUAAGUUAUUAGAGAAAGGCAAUAUGGAAGAUCAGAUUGGAUCCCGAAUUGCAUUGGAAGCUAAAGAGAGCUCGCUGUGUACUCCAGCACGCACUGGGCAUGUAAAAAGUCGCAGAGUACCAUCACAGGAACGGUCUGGGGUUUCACGGGAUGUUGUAUUGAAGAGGAAACAUAGAAAAAACCUGUUCAAGCCUUCAGCUUUCAGAGUUGGUGUUGCUGAAGAAGAAACUAUCUCCAGCAAAAUGCCAUUAAAUUUCAGGAAGAAAAAGAGGUUUAAGGAUUUCAAAGUUGGACAUGGCAGCAAUAUAGCUGAAGGGCUUGGUGGAUGUAAAUUGACUUCUUCAUCUAAGGAGGACGCCGACAUUUCUAUAUUUCCAACAACAAAAGAGAGCAAGGUUUCCAGUUUAGGAGAUGGUGAUGAUGGGGCUGAGGGGAAAAUUGAGAAGGGCUUUGAAUCAAGGGAACGAAAGAAGAGCAAGUAUUUGUCACCCCCAUACAUAAAUAUAAGCUUUGGGCGUAAAAAUUCAAAAGAUUCUGAAACUGAAGACCCUAAAGCUGCUCAAGAGGGGUCGGACAUUAACUCCGCUGCUGGUCAGGAUAGCGAGUCCCCUCCAAUUGCUAAGUAUAGUGGUAUGAAGAAGAAAAAAUGGUGGCAGAGAUUCCUUACUACAUUUGAUGAUCAAGAGGAAGCCAAUGCAUCUUCAGCUGAGCUGCUCCGCGAACUGCAUUUUGCUGCUCUAGACUGUCUUUAUCCAAGUGAAAAUAGGCACUUUGAUUCAAUUGAGAGAUUCUUUUCCAGAUUCAGAAGUUCCUUGUACGGUGAUAGUUUGUACUAUGUGAUGUAUGGCAAGCAUAAAUUUGGUCAGACAGAGGCUUUAGCUUCUGAACCUCGCUCUGUGGGAGUAAAUCUACAGGAGAUUCAGCAUCCUUCAGCUGCUAGUAAAUCUGAGCCAAAGAAGCGAAAGAAAAAGGCACUGGCAAUGUUGCAAAAUUCGAAGGUAGAACUUGCUCUGAGCAUCCCAAGUGCAGUUGCAAAUAAUCCUAAACCUGGAUCUGGGGGAAUAAAUCUGCAGGAGAGUCAGCGUCCUUCACCAGCUAGUAAAUCUGAACCAAAGAAGAGAAAGAAGAAGGCAAUUGCAACUUCAGAAAAUUCGAAGGCAAGUGUGAGCAUGCUAGGUGCGGUUGCAAAUAAUUCUAUACCUAGCUCUGUGGGAAUCAAUCUCCUGGAAAUUCAGCAUCCUUCAUCACCUAGGAAAGCUGAGCCAAAGAAGAGAAGAAAGAAGAAGGCAAUGAUAAUGUCAGACAAUUCAAGGGCAGAACUUGGUGUGAGCAUGCCAAAUGUGGUUGCAAAUAAUUCUAAGCCUGGCUCUGAGCGAAAGAAGAGAAAGAAAAAGGCAAUGGCAAUGUCUGAAAAUUCAAAAGACGUGGUUGCAAAUAAUUCUACACCCGGCUGGUCAGGAAAGGGAAAGGAAAAGUCUGCUGCAGAACUUUUUUCGACAAAACUUGAUAUUGGCAUACCAUAUGUGAGUGGCAAUGUUAGCACAACAGGCUUGUUUGGGAAGAAUCAACAAGGGAUGGAUCACCCUUCACAAAAUGUUAUGCCUGAGUUGACAAAAAAGAAAAAGGAAGGCAAAAAUUCAGUAGGAUCAAAUUCUACAUUUGCUACUGGCCUCUUGGAUGUAAGUGGAAACAUUACUACAAAUAGUUCAUUUAUUAUUGAUUUCCAGGGAAUGGGCUGCGUUGCAUUUGGUGAAACAUCGGAGCAAAAGAGAAAGAAAAAGGAAGGAUCAACCCCAAAGCAACUGCAGCCAAAUGUGGGUGGAAUACCUGAUUUGAAUGGGAACAGUGAUAUAGCUGGCUCAGUGGUAGAAGAUGUGCAAUUCAUGGGCUUUGUUGCACCGAAAGGUAAACUUGUGCCAAAGAAGAGAAAAACAAAGGAAGGUGCUUCAGAAUGUCUGGAAGGUGGGGUUGCUGCUGGCAUACCAGAGAUGAAUGGAAGCCAUGUUGAACAGAGCUCCAUGAUUGGGUCACCGGAAGGUACUCCUGUGAUGAAUAAUCAGGAAAGGAAGGAAGAAGCAACUUCAGUAUGUCUGAAUGCUAAACUUACCGCUGGUCUACCAAAUGUUAAUGAAAUUGCUGCUAAACCUAGCUCGUUGGUAAAUGAUUCGAUGAAUUUUCGCCCAUUCUCAACUGAUGGUAAGCCUGAGCCUAAGAAGAGAAAGAGGAAGGAGAAGGCAUCAGCAGGGCAUCAGAAGACUAAACCCACUACUGGCAUACCAGAUUUAAAUGGAAAUAGUGAAGAACUUGGUCCUUUGGGACCAGAAAUGAACAUUUUGUCACCUGACACAAAAGCUGGUCUGAAAAGGAGGAGGAAGAGAAGAGAAUCCACUUCGCAGCGUCUGGGGAAGAAAGUUGCUAGAAUUCCAGAAAUUAGUAGUAAUUAUAAUAAAGUAGCAGCCAAUGGAGAAGCUCUAGGCACCACUCUUCUUUUAACAUUUGGCCCAGGAUUCCCCAUGCCUUCCAAAGAAGUUCUGCUGGGAACAUUUUGCAUAUUUGGUGCAUUAAAAGAGUCUGAAACACAAGUUUUGAAGGAUUCAGGCACUGCCCAGAUUGUCUUCUUUAGGAGUUCUGAUGCAGUGAAUGCCUUCCGGAGUUUAGAAAAGAGCAGCCCCUUUGGACCAGCCCUUGUCAAUUACAGGCUCCAUAAUCAUUCUGCUGCUUCUGGGGCUUUGGAACCAGAUAGGAGUCUGCGAUUGCCUCCAGGGUUUGGAUUGGAGGGGAUUACGAACCCUGCCAAACCACCUGGUUUGAACUCUCCAGUGGGUGAGGUGCCUCCCCUUUUCCUUGUAAGGCAGAAUCUUGAGAUGAUGACGUCCAUGCUGGAGAAGUCUGGGGAUAAUCUCUCCCCAGAAAUGAGGGCUAAAUUAGAAAGUGAGAUUAAAGGCCUCCUGAAGAAGGUAAGCACAAUGGUGGGCUCCUCCUCGUCUUAGUUCGAAAUGUAUAAUGGAUUCUCUUUUUCUAGGCUGUCUAUAAGUGUAGGGGCUAUUUCUUGAACUGGGGUUGUCUAUCUGCCAUGUUUUAGUCAGUGCAUUAGCUGUUGUUCUCUC